GUGGGUGUAUGUAGGCAUCUGUCCUCAGUUUCUUGUCAGCACAGUUGUGCUUGGAGUGCACUGAAGCCUCGUGCCACAAGUUACUGCUUGCUGGUGCCAAGCAGUGCUGUAGGCAGCUUAUGCUGUUUGAGAAUGGUAGUGUGCACUGGAAGUGCAGAGACAUGAGCAGAAUAAGGCAAACCCACAUAAACUAAAACAGCCCCACUCCCUCCCCUGUCCUUCAGAAGCUGCCUUUUGAAGACUUUUAACUCUCUAGCUGGGUACUUCAUGCAUGUUUUUAGUGGGUGAACAGCAUGCAGUGUUCCUGGUCUCCAGACCCUGGGGUCUUGUAUGUGCCUGCAAACACAGUCUUGUGCUGGGCUGAAAGAAACACUGUGAGCCUGCUGUUGUGGCCACUUCAGAGGCAAAUGGGAGCUUGUCCCUGCUGCCAGUCCCCAGCUGGCAGGUUGCCUGCAGCCUUGUUGGAUUUGUGCAUCCAAAGGAGCUGACGUCAGCUCCCGGCUGAGCACGAGGCUUUUCCUUUGCAGGGAACAGGCUCUGCUUUGUCCUCGCUCAGCUAGCGAAGCGACCAGCACAUUUCCCUGCUCCAAUGUUGUAACAAGCUUGUAAACCGUGUAACUGUCUUAAUGAGACCCAAUCUGGGCCAUUCCUCCUCUCCCAAUAGCUCAGAGCUGGUUCUUCUGGGGGCACUGUCUGGAGCUGCCUGGCAGCAGGGGUAAGAGCUCCCUCCUCCAGUACUGGAGUAGUAGUUGUCCCCAUAUCCCCCUCCCUCCAUGAUGAUUCUGUCCCUCCUGCUUUCACUGAGCUGUAGCCAUUAAAUUCCAACAGCUGCUGGUCUUGGUCUGCUUGGCCAUAUGCUGGUGGCAGGGAUGCUGAAAGUACCCCAGAUCUACCUGGGUGCAUUUUUCCCCCAGAAGGUGGUCAAGUACUGAACAGGCUUCCCACAACAGUGGCCACAGCCCCAAGGCUGCCAGAGCUCAAGGAGCAUUUUGGACAAUACUCUCAAGCAGAAGGUGGGAUUGUUGGGGUUGUCCUUUGAAGAGCCAGGAGUUGGACUCGAUUCUUGAGGAUCGCUUCCAUCUCAAAACUUUUUAUUCAUCCCCCAGCUGCUGAAGCACUGGAAUUGCUGCUGCCCCAUUCAUUCCUGCCGAAACCAGACCCUUUAUAGAGUCUGAAUUGCACUGGAGCAGUCCCAGUGUGCAUCCCAUUUUCCCUGUCUCCUAGGACACCUGCCUGCUUGGAGGCUGAAAAAGUAGUUCAUCCUCUGGAGUAGUAGAAUCUCACAGAGCUGGGGCAGCUUCUGUCCUGGGUAGGGCUAGGUGUGAGGAAGCAGCACAUUUCCCUCCAGCUGCCCUGUGCAGUCACCAUCAGGAUGCAUGGAUGUCAUGGUGUCAAAUGCUCCUUUGUCAGCCCCAUGUGGGGAUUAGAUUCCAUUAUUUACGUGUUUUUGGUGGCUUGAGCAAUCAAGUUAGAUCAGGUAAUGUUUAGUCAAAAACACUUCCAGUGAAUCUAGAAAACAGGUAUGGGUAUUGUUUUCCUUUAGAAAAAGGGGGGAUGAGGAGAAUUGCCCCUAGAGUACCUGGCACUGCCCAGCUGUGUGGCUUCCUGCUGAUUGCCCUUUGGAGCCUGCUAUUUUCAGGGGGACUUCCCAGAAGAAAGGCUGUGGCUGCAUUUAGACUCUUCAGGGGCAUCACAUUUGCUGAGUUCAAGGUUCAGAUUUUGCAAAGUGCUGAGUGCUCUGUGCACCUUGUGAUGUGGCAGCUCCCAGGUGCUGCUGCUGCCCCCUCUCACAGGACCCAGAGCCAUGGCCCGUCCCUGGUGGCAUUGCACUGGAGCUUCUGGUAGCAGAGAGCAGAAUGCUGUGAGGCUGGGAGCAGACUCUGCAGCACCAAGGCUUCUGUAACCUGCUCCAGACUUUGUUUAAACUGGGCAAAAAGGUCAAGUACCAUCCAAGGACCCAUGAAUAACAUGUUGACAACCUCUCUGUCUGUUAAUGGCAGAGCAAGGUCUGUUAAUAUUCAAUGGAUGUUCAUUCAGUGUAUUUAAAUACAUUUUAGUGUCUGUAGAGCAUGCUUGGCAGUUUCUAAUCACUGUUUGCUUUGGAUUAAAGCGCCUGAUACUGAAGCACUUAAAAGGGCAAUUGGUCCCUGUCUGCAUUAGGGAUAGCAGUGAAAACAGAAGCACCCCUUCUCCUGGGGCACUGCUGCUUCUCCCCAAGCCCUGAGGAGCUUCACUUGCACCCAGAGAAGGUGUUUCCUCACAGCUUCAUCUGGUCUUGAUCAGAAACAUCUGUCAGGAGAUGUGCAGUUGCUUUGUGGCUGAGACCCCAGCUCAUGGUGAGUGGGUGGCUGCAAGUAGGGCAGAGCCCCCAGUGCAGCAUGAGGCUGGUGGCUUCGGCCUGUCCCAAAGCCCUGUCUCUGGGGGCAGCUGGUGGCCGGGCAGCUCCUCUUUCAGCCCACAGAAGGCAACUUGCUCAGAGAAGUCAAAGCUUUCUGUGCUUCAACAGUUUUCUCUCUCUUAUGGUUGGUUUAGAUUAGAUAUUGAGGAAGAAAUUCUUCCAUGAGGAUGAUGAGGCCCUGGCACAGAGAAGUCUAGAAAAGCUGUUUCUUCUCCAUCCCUGGAAAUGGCCAAGAGUCCCAUCAGCAGCAUCCUGGUGAACAAGUAUGGCAGCCGGCCCAUCAUAUUAGUAGGCGGCUGCCUUUCCGGCUGUGGGCUGAUCGCAGCCUCCUUCUGCAACACGGUGGAGGAGCUCUACUUCUGUAUUGGGGUCAUAGGGGGUCUUGGACUUGCCUUCAACCUGAACCCUGCCUUAACCAUGAUUGGCAAGUACUUCUUUAAGAGGCGUCCACUGGCCAAUGGGCUGGCAAUGGCAGGCAGCCCUGUCUUCCUCUCUACCUUGGCACCCCUCAACCAGUUCUUCUUUGGCAUAUUUGGCUGGCGUGGCAGCUUCCUCAUCCUGGGUGGCCUCCUGCUGAACUGCUGUGUGGCUGGAUCCCUGAUGCGGCCCAUAGGUCCCAAGCCAGUUCAGAAGAAAGAGACCAAUAAGGAAGCACAGCAGGAGGCUGGGAAAGCGGGGAAAAAGGAUGAUGGUGACACCAGCACGGACCUCAUUGAUGGAAAGGCCAAGAAAGAGAAAAGCUCAGUCUUCCAGACAAUCAACAAAUUCUUGGACCUGACUCUAUUCAAACACAGGGGCUUCCUGCUCUAUCUGUCAGGCAAUGUAAUAAUGUUCUUCGGGUUGUUUGCUCCCUUGGUCUUCCUCAGCAAUUAUGCAAAGAGCAAGAAGAUUCCUAGUGACUCGGCAGCCUUCCUGCUCUCCAUACUGGCCUUUGUGGACAUGUUUGCCAGACCUUCCAUGGGACUGGUGGCAAACACCAAGUGGGUCAGACCCCGCAUCCAAUAUUUCUUUGCCAUUGCUAUUAUUUACAAUGGUGUUUGCCACAUCUUGCUCCCCAUGUCCCCCACCUAUACUGGCUUCUGCAUUUAUGCUGGCUUCUUUGGCUAUGCCUUUGGCUGGCUGAGCUCGGUUCUCUUUGAGACCCUGAUGGACCUGGUGGGAGCUCAGCGGUUCUCUAGUGCUGUUGGCCUGGUGACCAUCGUGGAGUGCUGCCCUGUUCUUCUGGGACCCCCUUUGCUAGGGAAACUAAAUGACAUGUAUGGUGACUACAAGUACACAUACUGGGCCUGUGGGGUUGUCCUGAUCAUCGCUGGGAUCUACCUCUUCAUUGGGAUGGGCAUCAACUAUCGCCUGGUGGCCAAGGAGGAGAAAGCGAAGAAGGAAAGGAAGGAGGACGAGACCAACAUUGAUGAGGCUGGGAAGAAGAAAGAGGAAAAAAAUGAUGUAGCACCCUCACCUCAGAAGAAUGUGGAGGGUGGUGUCAAAGAGGAGGAGAGCCGCAUGUGAGGGACCAGUCUUAAUCCCAGAGUGUCGGGGAAGUGCUGCUGCCCUGAUGUGGCAGCCAGGGCAGAGCUCCGCUGGCGCUGGGGGGCUGUAAGAAGUGUUUAAACCGGGUGUUCAUUUUUAAACAGGCUCUGAAUUGUCUUUCCAUCUGUGUUAAAGGUAACAGGACUACACAUGCAGUAUCCUCGUGUGUCCAGGGGCAGGGGGCUUUUAUAGUCUGGCUUUUUAACAGUAACAUGAAUGUACUAAUAUGUGCCUUACAGUCUCCGUAUCUAGCUGAAUCUGAACGAGCCUUAACUCUAAACUGUGCUUUAGCUCUGUAUUCUGCUUGGGUUGGGGGGCGGGGGGUAUGUGUGUGUUUUGGGGAGUUUUUUUGUUAAAAAGCCAUAAAAAAGCAGGAUACUGGAUUUGUUGAAGCACAAUGGGCUUCAGGGCCGGCCCUGGAUGAAUACUGCUUCAUACGCUUCUUACUGCAGGUCCUCUGCAGGGGAGAUGCAGGCAUGGGGCAAGGUGCUCCUUAACCCUCAUGCCCAGUGCCUCCCGGCUCUUUAGGUGGUCUUUAGGUAUGUUUUGAAAACACUUUAGCUACUGUAGUUCUUUAAAAUCCCUGUUUUUGUAGCUGUUCUCUCAUGGGAUAUUCAGGUUGAAGAAAGAUGGCUGGGGUUCUUGUUGGGCAGUGUCACCCACUCCAGGGCUGUGGCAGCCCUGCUUGCCCAAGCCUUCCUUGGGGACUGUUGGAGUCCCCCCUGCCUCCCCACUCUGCCUCAAUAGUGCCUCUUCUCAGCCCAGUGCUAGGUGAUGUGAAAUGGGCUCAGGUUGUGCUGCUGGCAUUCACACUGCUGUUGGCUGUGCUGGCCCAUCCUGCCCAUGGGGUGGGCUUCCACCAGAGCAUCCCACCCAGCCAGGUGUUUUGGGUGCCUGACCUUGGGCAGAGUGGUGAGGUGAGUGGAGAUGGUACAUCCCUGAGACUUUUUCUGCUUUUGCUCUUUUAUCUGUUAGAGAAACCUCUUUUACUUGCUUCUGUUCAACUGAGAUCUUAAGGCGAUGGAUGCUGAACCUCUCACAUCUAGGACACGUAAGGGGGAGGAAAGAAUUUGUACGUAUUUAUUUUUUAUUUUUUAGUGUUGGAAAAUAUCUCAACGUACGUGGAGCAGGUUAAUGGCUCUCAAGUUCUAAUAAUGUUGAUCAGAAUUCAUGUUAAGAGGCUUGAGUUUUUUCAAAUAAACUUGUUUUUUUACAAUUUA